GUUACCUCAAAGGGAACAUUUGACUGCAUUUUCCUGUCAUGAUGGAAGACUCCGCCUCCGCCUCUUCUCCCACGCCGUCUCCAUCGGUAGCCCCUAUCCCUAUGCCCCUCCCCUCCGCCUCCACCCUGACACGUUGUCCCGAGCUGGACUUGUCGGUGGCGGCCAGCCCCUUGUCCAAGCCCCCCAAGCCCCGCCCCCACAGGCAAACGCGACGGAAAAGAAACCCCAAGGUGACUUUUGAUGAGCCUGUGGUCGUCAAGGUGAUACCGGAGCCACAGUUCCCGAUGAAAGGUGUACAGCAACACCCGACCACCCGUCAGAGGAACUGGAGAGGUGGUCUACCCGCGGGUGCCGCACACCAGGGGGCGGAGCUAGUGGCCACGGCGUCCUACCAGCAUCCCGGGGGUCUGGAGGAGGCGGUACUCAACACCACCUUGGCCGUCAAGGCAGAGCUGCUGGCGCUGCAGGAGGCGGAGUUUGACGCCCAGAAAGCGCUUAAGGAGACGUUACAAAAGUUGGAGCGGACGAAGAACCAGAUAGACACCAGAGCGACACAAGGAACCAACAUCUCUCGCUCUCAGACCCUUUUCACCUCCCUGGUCAGCAUCGACGUGCCGGAGACUGAGGGACGGCGUGUUUCAACCUUCUUAAAAUAUUGUUCCACGCGAGUGAGCAAGAAAAAGCUCUUCCUCGCUUACUAA